AUGUUAACACAGGACAACGGCGUCACGAAGCACAUCUACCCAGACGAUAGGGAGCAUAUCGUGAUCAUUGGCACUGGAUGGGCAGGAUACAACGUCUCACAGAAUCUGAGCGACAAGAAGUUCAACAUCACUGUCAUCUCGCCCGAGGACACGAGCCCGUACACCCCUCUUCUGGCAAGCGCCGCUUGUGGACUGUUCGACUUCUCCCUCGCAGAAGAGCCAAUACGACAUAAGAGCAAGAACAUCACAUACUACAAGGGCAUUGUUGAGGCCGUCGACUUCGACAAGAAGUUCAGCAGAUGUCUCUCGACUUGCGAUAUUGAUGGCGUGACGGAGAAGAGGCACUUCAACGUAGCAUAUGACAAGCUAGUGUUGGCACCAGGAUGUGUUACCAACACCUUCCACACCCCGGGAGCAGACGAGCAUGCAUUCUUCGUCAAGAACGUCAAUGACGCCAAACGCGUCCAAUUCCGCCUCAAGCAACUGCUCGAACUCGCCUCUCUCCCAGACACCACCGAAGAGAAACAGCGCGAGCUGCUGCACAUAAUCGUCGUGGGCGGCGGACCCACGGGCGUCGAGAUCUCCGCCGAAAUGUCAGACCUCUUCAACGAUGACAUGUCUAGACUCUACCCUCACCUCAAUGGGAAGAUGACUAUCACGAUCCACGAUGCCGCCCCUUUCAUCCUCGGCGCCUUCGAAAACGCUCUCCGCGAACACGCCAUUUCGUCUUUCUCGAAACGCGGCGUGACCGUCAAACCAGAUUCCAAGAUCAAAAAGGUCGAAGCCGACAGCAUCACAACCGAAGCUGACGGCCGCAUAGGCUGUGGUAUGGUCCUCUGGACCGCAGGUAACAAACAAUGUCCCCUGGUCGACGCCCUCGACGUCUGCAAAACAGACAAACUUCCCCGCAUCCUCACCGAUCAGCACCUCCACGUCUUGCGUCCCUCAGGUUCCUACGAACAGGACAAGACCCCCCUCCCGGAUGUCUACGCUCUUGGCGACGCUGCCGAUAUCAAGAAAUACUUUCUUCCUACUACUGCCGAGGUUGCGGUGCAAAAAGCGGAGUACCUUGCGAGCGUGUUGAAUCGAGGGGCGGAUGGGAGGAGGGUCUUUGAAUACAAGCAGAAGGCGCUGGUGGCGUAUAUUGGGGGUCAUGAUGGUGUUGUGGCAGGGAGGCCGGAUUGGAAUGGAGCGAGGGCGUGGACGGCUUGGAGGAGUAAGAAUUUGCUUUGGACAAGGAGUUGGAGGAGGAAGACGAUGAUUAUGAUUUAUUGGGCGUUGGAUUGGAUGGGUGGGAAGGAGAUUGCGAGGCUAUGA